AUGGCGGACGCGUCGUCGCCGCUGGGGGCGCUGCAGGCCCUGCGCCAGCACCUGAUCGCGGGCAAGCCCGUGGCCGUGGACGGAGACGACCUGGUGUUCCGCGAUGCGGGUGGCGCCGAGCUGCGGCGGCUGCCCAAGCACAGCGCCUCGGCCUACCACUCCAAGAAGCUGGACAAGAGCUACGACCUGCUGGCCGUGUACACGUGCUUCACGCACGAGGCGCUGAGCUUCAGCGACUACGUUCUCAAGUGCCGCGAGGAGAAGGCGGCCAUGGUGUCCACGGUGGACAAGAAGGAGCUGGUGGCCUACCUCAAGGGGGACAUCGAGGCCAGCGCGCAGAUCCUGGACGCCAGCGGCAAGCCCACAGAGACCAGGAAGGAGCGCAAGCCUACCGGCUCUACCUCCGGUUCUACCAAGAAGAAAAGGGAGAGCGAGGACGAGGCAGCCCGCGCCUCCGCCAAGAAGAGGAAGCUCGAGAGCGCGCGCCACCACCGAGACGGCCACAACAAGCACGGCGUGAGCCACCACAAGACCCCCGAGGAGCUGCAGGCAGAGGCCCAGAUCAAGAGGAUAACGGAUAAAGAGUACGUCAACAGGACGAGGACCACGGUGCUGGACGCGCACAAGACCAAGUUCGACAACGUGGCCAAGACGCUCGAGCUGGUGAAUGCUGAGACCAAGGAGAAGAUCGAGAAGGCCACCAAGGCCUCGGCGCUGCUGGCCACCACCACGGCCAGGAAGGAGCAGAUGCCGCUGCAUCGAAUGGUCAAGGAGAAGAUCCUGGGCACGCCGAUUAUUGUGGUGCCCGCUGGCUUCUCCGACUUGUUCACGAUGCUUAAUGCCAGGGACUUCUUGGAGGACGGCGUGUAUGUUUCCAACGUGCAGAAGAAGGCGGACGGACACCGCAAGCAGCAGUCAAUGAUGAUUACGCAUGAGGAGGACGGACACGUGUACACCUUCAAGAUCGUGGACACUGUCAGUCGAUUCCGGGAUAAGGACUGGCGCUCGGUGGUCGGUGUCAUUGUAUCGGGACAGUCGUGGCAGUUUAAGGGCUGGAAGUGGAAGUUCCCGCUCGAGGUGUUCAAGAAAGUGUGUGGAGUUUACAUCUACAAUCAAGGGUCCCAGCUGAACCCGGACAUUAAGCAGUGGGAUGUGAAGGUGCUAAUGAUCCAUCCCGACAAGCGGCAUUUGGACAAGGUGGCAGCCAAGGAGUUCUGGCGCUACUUGUUCGCUUUCAUCAAGCUGAAGCUGCAAUAG